AUGGCAAAAUCAUAUUUGAAAACUGAAUUUCACAUGUUAAUGGAGAAAGUGGAGGCAGUUGAUGCUAGAGUGAAGUAUUACUUGGAAUUGGCUAAUUACGAUAAGUGGGCUAGAUCUUAUGUAUCCGUUCAUAGAGGAUGGACUUUGACUUCAAACAUUGCCGAGUUCAUUAAUGCUGCGCUGGUUUCAGCUAAAGAACUACCAAUCUAUGAUUUUUUGGAGGAAAUUAGAUUGAUGUUUGAAAGAUGGAACUGUGAAAAUAGACAGAGGCGUUGUAUACUUUUACGGAUCUUAUUGGUUAUACCUGCAUCAGAUUACAUCUAUACAGUCUACGACAAGGAGAAACAUUUUAUUGUUUGUCUUAAGGAAAAAAAAUGUUCUUGCAAUGCAUUUCAAUUGGAUGAGAUACCGUCUGUUCAUGCUUGUGCAGUUCUUGAUAGCAAGAAUUUCAAGAAGGGACCAUAUUGCUCUGAUCUAUACAAGUCAAAAAUCGUUUUGAGAACAUAUGAUCUUCCAAUUUAUCCUCUACCACACAAAGAUGACUGGGUGAUUCCGAAGAAAAUUAUUUAUGAGGUAGUUUUACCGCUGAAAUACAAGCGACCCCCUAGAAGACCUCCGAAGAAGGACCGUAGAAAAUUCGGACGAGAUAUGUUUGGAAAGAAGAGCAAAAAUUGUUGUAGUUCAUGUGGAUUAAAAGGUCACAAUAGGCGUUCAUGUAGGAAAUACAACAAAUGA